GUAUUUUCUUUAUUUAACAUAGUAUUUUUAUGACCUGAGCUCCUUUUACUGCUGAGAGGACACAGCUGCAGCUCUGUGUGUGUCAUUAAUACAACCACAGCUGCUGGGUGUUCAGCUAACGAUGGUUAAAGACAGGAGCUCCAGGUGUGUCUCUGUCCAUGUCAGGAUUCCUUCUGAAGACAGUCCUGGGGGAGUGGCUGACAGUUGGGCUGAGCAGCUCCGACUCCCAGCCACUCCUCCAAACUCUUUUCCUUUCACUCACACAUACACACUCACAUUAACAGACUUUUUCCUGGAUGCUGCCAGCACUCAGAGCUGACGUGGGCUGAGGUUUGAGACUGGAACAGUUGGUAACUAUCUGUGGUUGCUGCUGCUGCUGCUGCUGUGACUUUUCAGACAGGAUUCAAACCGGUGGCUGAGCUCUUUCAUGAGCUCUCUUGAAGACAGAAAUGUUCUACUGUUUGUUUCUGACCUGCAGCAUGGACGUCCUGGCUGCCUGGGCCGUCACCAACCCGGCCGUGGCUCGGGUCCUGUGGGUCCUGGUCCUGGUCCUGGCCACCCUCCUGCUCUGGCUGUUCUUCUUCUGCUGCUACAGCUGGAACCACAACUCCUCGUCUUCCUCUCUGGAGAAGUACCUGGCAGUGAUGGUGAAAGACUCCAAAUCUAAAUCUCCGACUCAGAGGAAGAAGAAGCUGAAGGAGAAGUCUGCCCCCUGUGGCCACUCACAGGAAGUGGUGGUGGUGCAGCAGCUCCAACAGUCUGUGACCUUCGCACCGGAGCCGCCACGUCAGGCGCUGAGGAAACGGAGGAGACGAGCUCAUAAAGACGAGAUGGAAAAUGUCACUGCAGAGAAGGUCAUGGAGGAGGUGAAGGACAGGCCCAAGAGGAGGCCUCUGGUCAGGGCUGCGUCAGAGGAGACCUCCACUGAUCUGAGCUCCAUCAGCAGCUCCCCACCCCGUGGAGACACCCUGCCCUGGAACCUGCCCAAGCACCAUCGCAUGAAGAGGUCCAAGUCGGCUUCUGGAGACGUGCUGGACCCGGCGGAGCGGGCCGUCAUUCGGAUCGCAGAUGAACGGGACAGAGUCCAGAAAAAGACGUUCACAAAAUGGGUCAACAAGCACUUGGUGAAGGCCCAGAGACACGUCACGGACCUGUACGAGGACCUGAGAGAUGGACACAACCUCAUCUCCCUGCUGGAGGUCCUCUCCGGGGAGACACUGCCUCGGGAGAAAGGCCGGAUGCGUUUCCAUAAGCUGCAGAACGUACAGAUCGCUCUGGACUUCCUCAAACACAGACAGGUGAAACUUGUCAACAUCAGGAACGAUGACAUCGCAGAUGGAAACCCUAAACUGACCCUGGGUCUGAUAUGGACCAUCAUCCUUCACUUCCAGAUCUCCGACAUCCAGGUGAACGGUCAGUCCGACGACAUGACGGCCAAAGAGAAGCUGCUGCUGUGGUCUCAGAGGAUGGUGGAGGGAUACCAGGGUCUGCGCUGCGACAACUUCACCACCAGCUGGAGGGAUGGAAAACUCUUCAGCGCCAUCAUCCACAAACACAGGCCCGCUCUCAUAGACAUGAACCAGGUUUACAGACAGAGUAACCAGGAGAACCUGGAGCAGGCCUUCAGCGUUGCUGAGAGAGAACUGGGAGUCACCAAACUGCUGGACCCUGAGGAUGUUGACGUUCCUCAUCCAGAUGAGAAAUCCAUCAUCACAUACGUCUCCUCUCUGUAUGAUGUCAUGCCCAGGGUGCCAGAUGUCCAGGAUGGUGUGAAAUACAAUGAGCUGGAGCUGCGCUGGCAUGAGUACUACGAGCUGGUCACUGUACUGCUGCAGUGGAUCAGACACCACAUCCUGGUCUUUGAAGAGAAGAAGUUCCCCAACAGCUACGAAGAGAUAGAGGUUUUGUGGCGUCAGUUCCUCAAGUUUAAGGAAACUGAGCUCCCAGCAAAAGAGGCGGACAAGAACCGCUCCAAGCACAUCUUUAAAUCUUUUGAGGGUGCAGUUCAGGCAGGUCAUGUCAAAGUGCCCCCAGGUUACCAUCCCUUUGACGUAGAGAAAGAAUGGGGUCGCCUCCAUGUGGCCAUCCUGGAGAGAGAGCGCCUCCUGAGGACAGAGUUUGAAAGGUUGGAGCGACUCCAGAGGAUCGUGAGUAAGGUCCAGAUGGAGUCAGGAGUUUGUGAGGAACAGCUGAACCAGGUGGAGACCCUGCUGCAGUCGGACGCCAGGAUGAUGAGCUCGGGGAAACCGGCUCAGCACGCAGCAGAGAUGGAGGCUGACCUGGAGAAAGCAGAAGGAAUGAUUCGCCUCCUCUUCAACGAUGUUCAGCUGCUCAAAGACGGACGCCAUCUCCAGGCUGAGCAGAUGUAUCGCAGAGUGUAUCGCCUCCAUGAGCGACUGGUGAACCUGCGCAGUGAGUACAACCUGCGCCUCAAGUCGGGCGUCACCAUCACCCAGGUCCCCAUGGCCCAGAUGCCAAUGACCCAGGUCCACGCCGCCCAGGUCCUCCAGCAGGCGCCAGUGAGGGUGAGGCCAGAACUGGAUGAAGUCACUCUCCGCUACACCCAAGACCUGCUGGGCUGGGUGGAGGAGAACCAGCGCAGGGUGGACGAAGGGGAGUGGGGCUCAGACCUGCCCACCGUGGAGUCCCUGCUGGGCAGCCACCGUGGGCUGCACCAGUGCGUGGAAGAGUUCAGGUCCAAGAUCGAGAGGGCGAAGGCUGAUGAGAGUCAAGUUUCUCCAGCCAGCAAAGCUGCCUACAGAGACUAUCUGGGAAAACUGGAGCUGCAGUACGGAAAACUGCUGACCUCCUCGAAGGCCCGUCUCCGUUACCUGGACCAGCUCCACGCCUUUGUUGUGGCAGCAACCAAGGAGCUGAUGUGGCUGAACGAGAAGGAGGAGGAGGAGGUGAACUACGACUGGAGCGACAAGAACACCAACAUGACGGCCAAGAAAGACAACUACUCGGGUUUGAUGAGGGAGUUGGAGCUCAGGGAGAAGAAGGUGAACGCUGUCCAGACCACAGGAGAUAAACUGCUGAGGGACGGACAUCCAGCCAGGAAGACCAUCGAGGCCUUCACUGCAGCUCUGCAGACUCAGUGGAGCUGGCUCCUGCAGCUGUGCUGCUGCAUUGAAACCCACCUGAAGGAGAACACAGCACAUUUCCAGUUUUUCACGGAUGUGAAGGAGGCGGAGGAGAAGCUGAAGAAGAUGCAGGACACCAUGAAGAGGAAGUACACGUGUGACCGCUCCAUCACCGUCACCAGGCUGGAAGACCUGCUGCAGGACGCUGCUGAUGAGAAGGAGCAGCUGGCUGAGUUUAAGACCAACCUCGAAGCUCUGAAGAGACGAGCAAAGACCGUCAUCCAGCUGAAGCCACGCAACCCUACCACCCCACUGAAGGGCAAAAUGCCCAUCCAGGCAGUUUGUGACUUCAAACAGAUGGAGAUCACUGUCCACAGAGGAGACGAAUGUGCUCUGCUCAACAACUCCAACCCCUUCAAGUGGCAGGUGCUGAACGACACCGGCAGCGAGGCUUCAGUCCCGUCCAUCUGCUUCCUGGUCCCACCCACCAAUAAGGACGCAGUGAACAGCGUUGCUGGACUGGAUGGAAACCUCCAGAAGCUGCAGCUGAUGUGGCAGACCAUGUUCGUGGACCUGAAGAGUCUGAUGUCCUGGCAGUACCUGAUGAGGGACAUCCACAUCAUCAAAACAUGGAACAUCUCCAUGUUCAAGACCCUCAGGGUGGAGGAGUACCGUCUGGCCCUCAGGAACCUGGAGCAGCACUACCAGGACUUCCUCAGGGACAGCCAGGACUCGCAGAUGUUCGGGGCCGAGGACCGUAUGCAGGUCGAGUCCAACUACAACAAGGCCAACCAGCACUACAACACCAUGGUGACGUCUGCAGAACAAGGCCAUGUUCCAGCCAGGACAGGAGAACAGGACGAGUCUGUGUGUAAGACCUACCUGACCCAGAUCAAGGACCUGCGUCUGAAGCUGGAGGGGUGUGAGAACCGGACCGUCACUCGUCUCCGUCAGCCGGUGGACAAGGAGCCUCUGAAGGCCUGCGCACUGAAGACAUCAGAACAGAAGAAAGUGCAGUCAGAGUUGGAGGGUCUGAAGAGAGACCUCACCUGUGUCAGUGAGAAGACGGAGGAGGUCCUGAUGUCCCCCCAACAGUCCAGCUCUGCCCCACUGCUGCGCUCAGAACUGGACCUGACUCUGAAGAAGAUGGAGCAGGUCUACGGCCUCUCCUCCGUCUACCUGGACAAGCUGAAGACCGUGGACGUGGUCAUCAGGAACACGGCGGACGCAGAGGAGACGCUGAAGAACUACGAGGCUCGGCUGCGUGACGUCAGCAAAGUUCCAUCUGAGCAGAAGGAGGUGGAGAAACACCGCAGUCAGAUGAAGUCGAUGCGCUCUGAGGCGGAGGCGGAUCAGGUGAUGUUCGACCGCCUGCAGGAUGACCUCAGGAAGGCCACCACCGUCCACGACAAGAUGACCAGGAUCCACAGCGAGCGUGACGCCGACCUGGAGCACUACCGUCAGCUGGUCAACGGCCUCCUGGAGCGCUGGCAGGCCGUGUUUGCUCAAAUAGAGCUCAGACUGCGGGAGCUGGACCUCCUGGGCCGACACAUGAACUCGUACCGCGACUCCUACGAGUGGCUGAUCCGCUGGCUGACGGAGGCCCGGCAGAGGCAGGAGAAGAUCCAGGCCGUGCCCAUCAGUGACAGCAGGGCCCUGAGGGAACAGUUGACAGACGAGAAGAAACUUUUAGGAGAGAUUGAGAAGAACAAGGACAAGAUCGACGACUGUCACAAAAAUGCCAAAGCUUACAUUGAUUCAGUCAAGGACUACGAGUUCCAGAUUCUGACGUACAAAGCUCUUCAGGAUCCAAUAGCAUCUCCUCUGAAGAAGCCAAAAAUGGAGUGUGCAUCUGAUGACAUCAUCCAGGAGUAUGUCAAUCUGAGAACCCGCUACAGUGAACUGAUGACUCUCACCAACCAGUACAUCAAAUUCAUCAUAGAUGCACAGCGCCGCCUGGAGGACGAUGAGAAAGCUUCUGAAAAACUAAAGGAAGAGGAGAGGAGGAAGAUGGCAGAGAUACAGGCGGAGUUGGACAAACAAAAGCAGAUGGCAGAAGCUCACGCUAAAUCUGUGGCUAAGGCAGAACAAGAGGCUCUGGAGCUGAAGAUGAAGAUGAAGGAAGAAGCCAGCAAGAGACAAGACGUCGCAGCGGACGCCGAGAAACAGAAGCAGAACAUUCAACAAGAGCUGCAGCACCUGAAGAGCCUCUCUGACCAGGAGAUCAAGUCCAAAAACCAGCAGCUGGAAGACGCGCUGGUGAGCCGCAGGAAGAUAGAGGAAGAAAUUCACAUCAUCAGGAUUCAGCUGGAGAAAACGACGGCACAUAAAGCAAAGUCCGAGGCAGAACUGCAGGAGCUCAGAGACAGAGCUGCUGAGGCCGAGAAGCUCAGGAAAGCUGCUCAGGACGAGGCAGAGAGGCUCCGCAAGCAGGUGGCUGAGGAAACUCAGAGGAAGAAGAACGCCGAAGAUGAGCUAAAGCGCAAGUCCGAUGCUGAGAAAGAGGCCGCUAAGCAAAAGCAGAGAGCACUGGACGACCUGCAGAAAUACAAAAUGCAAGCAGAGGAGGCAGAGAGACGCAUGAAACAAGCAGAGGAGGAGAAAAUCCGGCAGAUUAGAGUGGUGGAGGAGGUGGCUCAGAAGUCCGCAGCCACACAGCUGCAAACCAAAGCUAUGUCAUUCAGCGAACAGACAACAAAACUGGAGGAGUCGCUGAAGAAAGAACAAGGGAACGUCCUGAAGUUGCAAGAGGAGGCUGACAAACUGAAGAAGCAGCAGAAGGAAGCCAACACAGCCAGAGAGGAGGCGGAGCAGGAGCUUGAAAUAUGGAGGCAGAAAGCUAACGAGGCGCUCAGACUGAGGCUUCAGGCGGAGGAGGAAGCACAGAAGAAGAGCCACGCUCAGGAGGAGGCCGAGAAGCAGAAGCUGGAGGCAGAACGAGACGCCAAGAAAAGAGGGAAAGCUGAAGAAGCUGCUCUGAAACAGAAGGAGAACGCAGAGAAAGAGUUGGACAAACAGAGGAAGUUUGCAGAGCAGAUUGCUCAGCAAAAACUCUCUGCUGAACAGGAGUGCAUUCGCCUCAAAGCUGACUUUGAGCAUGCAGAACAACAGCGUGGCCUUCUGGACAAUGAGCUCCAGCGUCUGAAAAAUGAGGUGAACUCCACUGAGAAGCAGAGGAAGCAGCUGGAGGACGAGUUGAAUAAAGUGAGAAGUGAAAUGGAUUCUCUUCUGCAGAUGAAGAUUAACGCAGAAAAGGCUUCAAUGGUGAACACCGAAAAGAGCAAGCAGCUCCUGGAGUCUGAAGCUCUGAAGAUGAAACAGCUGGCUGACGAAGCUGCCAGAAUGAGAUCGGUUGCAGAAGAAGCGAAGAAGCAGAGGCAGAUCGCCGAAGAAGAAGCGGCGCGACAAAGAUCAGAGGCUGAGAAAAUACUCAAAGAAAAACUGGCCGCCAUCAACGAGGCAACGCGGCUGAAGACGGAGGCGGAGAUGGCACUGAAGGCUAAAGAGGCGGAAAAUGAGAGGCUGAAAAGACAAGCUGAGGAGGAGGCCUACCAGAGGAAGCUGCUGGAGGACCAGGCUGCUCAGCACAAACAGGACAUUGAGGAAAAGAUCACACAGCUGCAGACCUCCUCUGACUCUGAGCUUGGGAGACAGAAAAACAUAGUGGAGGAGACUUUGAAGCAGAAGAAGGUGGUUGAGGAGGAAAUUCACAUCAUCAAGAUCAACUUCCACAAGGCGUCCAAAGAGAAGGCAGACUUGGAGUCAGAGUUGAAGAAACUGAAGGGAAUCGCAGAUGAAACACAGAAGAGCAAACUCAAAGCUGAGGAAGAGGCGGAGAAACUCAAAAAGCUGGCUGCAGAGGAGGAGAGGAGGAGGAAGGAGGCAGAGGAGAAGGUGAAACGGAUCACCGCAGCAGAGGAGGAAGCAGCGAGACAGUGUAAAGCUGCUCAGGAGGAGGUUGAACGUCUGAAAAAGAAAGCAGAAGAUGCCAACAAACAGAAAGAAAAGGCCGAGAAGGAGGCAGAGAAGCAGGUGGUUCUAGCCAAGGAGGCGGCGCAGAAGUGCACGGCUGCUGAACAGAAGGCUCAAGAUGUCCUCAGCAAGAACAAAGAAGAUGUCCUGGCUCAGGAAAAACUGAGGGACGAGUUUGAAAAUGCCAAAAAACUCGCACAAGAAGCCGAGAAAGCCAAAGAGAAGGCAGAGAAAGAGGCCGCCCUGCUACGUCAGAAGGCAGAGGAGGCAGAGAAACAGAAAAAAGCAGCUGAGAACGAAGCCGCCAAACAGGCAAAGGCUCAGAACGACACAGAGAAACAGAGGAAAGAAGCAGAGGAGGAGGCCGCCAGGAGAGCAGCGGCUGAGGCCGCCGCUCUGAAGCAAAAGCAACAAGCUGACGCAGAAAUGAGCAAGCACAAAAAAGAAGCAGAACAAGCCCUCCAACAGAAAUCACAGGUGGAGAAGGAACUAACUGUUGUCAAACUGCAGCUGGACGAGACGGACAAGCAAAAAGUACUGCUGGACCAAGAGCUUCAGAGAGUCAAAGGUGAAGUGAAUGACGCCUUCAAACAAAAGUCUCAGGUGGAGGUGGAGCUGGCCAGGGUAAGGAUCCAAAUGGAGGAGCUGGUGAAACUGAAGCUGAAGAUUGAAGAGGAAAACCGCCGCCUCAUGCAGAAGGACAAGGACAGCACACAGAAGCUGCUCGCAGAGGAAGCCGAGAAGAUGAAGAGUUUGGCUGAAGAAGCUGGCAGAUUGAGCGUGGAGGCCGAGGAAACGGCCAGACAGAGGCAGAUCGCUGAGUCUAACUUGGCUGAACAGAGAGCGCUCGCAGAGAAAAUACUCAAGGAGAAAAUGCAGGCCAUCCAGGAAGCCACCAAACUAAAGGCCGAAGCAGAGAAGCUUCAGAAGCAGAAGGACCAGGCACAGGAAACGGCCAAAAGACUACAGGAAGACAAGCAGCAAAUCCAGCAACGUCUGGAUAAGGAGACGGAGGGAUUCCAAAAAUCACUGGAGGCUGAGAGAAAGAGACAACUGGAGGCUUCAGCCGAGGCAGAGAAACUGAAGCUGAGGGUGAAGGAGCUCAGCCUCGCUCAGACCAAAGCUGAAGACGAGGCCAAGAAGUUCAAGAAACAGGCCGACGAGGUAAAGGCUCAGCUUCAGAGGACAGAAAAGCACACCACAGAAAUUGUUGUGCAGAAGUUGGAGACGCAGAGGCUGCAGAGCACCAGAGAGGCCGACGACCUGAAGAGCGCCAUUGCUGAUCUAGAAGAGGAGAGAAAGAAGCUGAAGAAAGAGGCAGAGGAGCUCCAGAGGAAAUCUAAAGAGAUGGCAAAUGCCCAACAAGAGCAAAUUGAGCAACAAAAGGCGGAGCUCCAGCAGUCUUUCCUCACCGAAAAAGGACUACUGCUCAAAAGGGAAAAGGAAGUUGAGGGGGAGAAAAAGAGAUUCGAGAAGCAGCUGGAGGAUGAGAUGAAAAAGGCAAAGGCCCUGAAAGACGAACAGGAACGUCAGCGGAAGUUGAUGGAGGAGGAGAGGAAGAAGCUCCAGGCCAUAAUGGACGAAGCAGUGAGGAAACAAAAGGAGGCCGAGGAGGAGAUGAAGAAUAAGCAGAGAGAAAUGGACGUGCUCGACAAGAAAAGACUGGAGCAGGAGAAACAGUUGGCAGAAGAAAACAAGAAGCUGAGAGAGCAACUGCAGACGUUUGAAAUUUCAUCAAAAACUGUAUCACAGACAAAGGAAAGCCAAACUGUCUCAGUGGAGAAACUGGUGGCUGUGACAACAGUGGGGACAUCAAAGGGGGUUCUCAAUGGUUCUACUGAGGUAGAUGGGGUGAAGAAAGAAGGGGACUCACCUUUGUCGUUUGAAGGAAUCAGGGAAAAGGUUCCAGCUGAGAGGCUCCACGACAUCGGCGUCCUCAACAAGAAGGAUCUGGACAAGCUGAAAAAAGGAAAAGUAACAGUGCAUGAGCUUGGAAAAACAGAUAAAAUUAAAGCAUGUCUCAAAGGUCAGGGCAGCAUUGGUGGUCUCUUGACUCCUUCUAAAGAGAAAAUAAGUGUCUAUCAGGCCAUGACAGAGAACAAGAUUACUCCAAGCGCAGCUACGAUGCUUCUUGAAGCUCAGGCUGCUUCUGGUUUUAUUGUAGAUCCAGUAAAAAAUAAAUUCCUGUCUGUGGAUGAGGCUGUUAAAGACAAGGUGAUUGGACCUGAGCUCCACGACAGGUUGCUGUCAGCAGAGAGAGCAGCCACUGGCUUCAAAGACCCCUACACUGGAGCCAAAAUCUCUCUCUUUGAGGCCAUGAACAAGGGUUUAAUUGAGAAGGAGCAGGCAACCAAAUUCCUAGAUGUCCAGCUUGCAACAGGGGGCAUCAUCGACCCCGUCAACAGCCACAGAGUACCACUGCAGACUGCCUACUCCCAAGGUCAAUUUGAUGCAGACAUGAACAAAAAACUUACAGAUCCCAGUGACGACUGCAAAUUAUUCAUUGAUCCUAGUACUCACGAGCAACUGACCUACAAACAGCUGCUGGACAAAUGCACCAAAGAUCCCGACACAGGCCUGCUGAUACUGCCUGUCACUGAAAAAGCUGCUCAGAGUGAAAAGUACACAGAUGGAGAGGCCAGGGAUGUGUUGAGUAAGUCUAAACUGGACGUGCCUUUUGGAAAAUUCAAGGGAAAAACCAUCACCAUUUGGGAAGUCAUCAAUUCAGAAUACUUCAAUGAGGAGCAGAGGCGAGAGCUGAUCCGUCAGUACAAGACAGGCAAGAUCACUAUAGAGAAGAUCAUUAAAAUUGUCAUCACUGUAGUGGAAGACAAGGAGAAAAACAAUGAAACUACUUUCAAUGGUUUGAGAGCGACAGUCACUGCCAGUGAACUGUUAGAAACCAAGGUCAUCAACAAGGACUUGUUUAAUAAAUUGAGUAACGGUAAAAUAACGGCUAAAGAGAUCUCUGAGAUGGAGCCAGUCAAGAAGGCACUACAGGGAACGCCAAGCAUAGCUGGGAUACUCGAUGAACCAACAAAGGAGAAAAUGCCUUUCUAUCAAGCCAUGAAGAAAGAGUUUCUGUCGCCUGAGACUGCACUGAACUUUCUCGAAGCUCAGGCAGCAACUGGAUUUGUAAUCGAUCCAAUCAAAAAUGAGAGAGUCCCUGUUGACGAGGCCGUCAAAUCAGGUCUGGUCGGCCCAGAAAUACACGAACGGCUUCUGUCUGCAGAGAAGGCAGUCAGUGGUUACCACGACCCAUAUACAGGAAAGAAGGUAUCACUGUUUGAGGCACUGAAGUUAGGCCUCAUUAAAAAAGACCACGGUGUUCGUUUGCUUGAGGCACAGCUUUCAACUGGAGGAAUUGUUGACCCCGUUAAAAGCUACCGCAUCCCUCACGAAGUUGCCUGCAAACGUGGAUACUUUGAUGACAAAAUGUCAAAAACCCUGAACAAAAGCACUGAUGAAACUAAAGUAUUUUAUGACCCCAACUCACAAGAGGACGUGACCUAUGCUCAGCUCAUGAACAAAUGUAUCAUAGAUAAAGAAACAGGACUUCCUUUACUCCCACUCACAAAGAAGGCUACGAAGCCAAAGGAGGAAAAACAGAUCACAGAGGCAAAGACAAAAGAGGCUUUGGAUCAGACAACAAUGGAGCUGGACUGUGGGCCCUUCAAAGGAAGAAAGGUGACGAUCUGGGAGAUCAUAAACUCUGAGUACAUUACAGAGGAGCAGAGAAUCGAACUGAUUCGCCAGUACAGAAUGGGUUAUGUGACAAUUGAAAAGUUGAUAACAAUCGUAGUAACAAUGGUUGAUGAGUGGGAAGACAAAGCAGGGCGAGCCAUCUGCUUUGAAGGUCUCAGAGCUCCAGUGCCCCCUAGCUCGCUGCUUGAUUCAAACAUCAUUGACAAGGCUACAUUUGAUGAACUCCAAGAAGGUAAGAAGACACCAAAAGAAGUCAGUAAAACAGAUCAGGUCAAGAAGUACUUACAGGGCACGGAUCGCAUUGACGGCAUCACUAUGGAAGAUUCCAAUGAGAAUCUGAGCAUUUAUCAGGCUAUGAAAAGAAACAUUUUACAAUACAACACUGGUCUGGCACUGCUGGAGGCACAAGCAGCAACUGGUUUCAUAACUGAUCCAGUCAAAGAUAAAAAAUGUUCCGUAGAUGAUGCUGUCAAGGAAGGCAUAGUCGGCCCGGAGCUUCACGAGAAACUUCUCUCAGCUGAAAAAGCAAUCACAGGAUACAGAGAUCCAUAUACAGGCAACAAAAUAUCUCUAUUCCAAGCCAUGAAAAAAGAGCUGGUGCUAAGGGAGCAUGCUAUUCCUCUCCUGGAGGCACAAUUAGCCACAGGGGGCAUCAUAGAUCCAGCUAGCAGCCAUCGGGUUCCAACUGAUGUAGCCAUUCAACGUGGUUAUUUUAGCAAACAAAUGGCCAAGUCUUUUAAAGAACCUUCAGGUGACAUUAAAGGAUUCACCAAUCCCAACACCAAUGAAAGCGCCACCUACGGCCAACUGCUGGAGAAAUGUACAAGAGACCCUCACUCUGGUCUGUGCUAUCUCCCAAUGUUUACAGUUGAAGUCCCUGAACCUGCUGAGAAAUCAUUCCAGUGCACAGAGGAACAAGCACAAACAGAGCUGGCCAACACUCAGAUUGAGAUCCCACACAAGAGCUUUGCAGGAAAGAGUUUGACCGUUUGGGAAGUCAUGAACUCAAACAUGCUUCCAGAAAAGGAGAGACAGCGUCUCAUGGAACAGUACAGAUUGGGGCAAAUCACAAAGGAGAGGAUGCUAAUUAUCAUUAUCGAAAUCAUAGAACAAAGAGAGAUAAUCAGAGCAGAUCAGGGCAUGUCCUGUGAUGUCAUCAGAAGAAGAGUCACUAUUGAGGAGCUGUACAGUGCCCGAAUAAUCGACCUGCAGACGUACAACCUCCUGAAACAAGAGAAAAUGACAAUUCGUGAAGUCAUGGAAAUGGAAACAGUGAAGCAGUUCCUCUUUGGUACCGGGUCCAUUGCUGGAAUCAUGUCUGACAGUCCACCAAAGAUCAGCAUUUACCAGGCAAUGAAGAGCGGCAAGAUUAAACCUGAAGUAGGUUUAACUCUCCUGGAGGCUCAGGCUGCAACAGGUUUCAUGAUUGACCCAGUCAAAGAUGAGCUGCUAACAGUGGAUGAAGCUGUGCGGAAAGGACUGGUGGGACCAGAACUGCAUGACAAACUUCUCUCUGCUGAAAGAGCAGUUACAGGCUACAAGGAUCCAUACACCGGAAAGGUCAUUUCUCUCUUCCAGGCAAUGAAGAAAGACUUAGUUCCUGAGGCCUAUGCCCUAAGGCUUUUGGAGGCUCAGAACGCCACUGGUGGAUAUAUGGAUCCGGAAUAUUACUUCCGCUUACCUAUAGAUGUUGCUAUGCAGCGAGGAUACAUCAACAAAGAGACUCAUGAAAGAUUAUCUGAGCCUACAGGAGAUGUUAGAGAGUACACUGAUCCGACCACUGAUGAUAAACAGUUCUACGCUCAGCUUCUGAAAAGAUGCCGAGCCGAUAAGGCAAGUGGUUUGAAACUGCUGUCGUUGGCAGACAGACGACUUCUCUUUAAAGGUCUCCGGAAGCAAAUCACUGUGGAGGAGCUGCUCCGUUCACAAAUCAUCAAUCAGAAGACGUACAAUGAGCUCACUGAUGGUACCUUAUCAGUGGAGGAAGUCAGCAGAGAUGUAAAGAAGUACCUGGAGGGAUCCAGCUGCAUUGCUGGCGUCUAUGUUGAGUCUAGCAAAGAUCGUUUGUCUAUUUAUCAGGCAAUGAAGAAGAACAUGAUAAGACCAGGAACCGCUUUUGAACUCCUUGAAGCUCAAGCCGCCACAGGAUAUGUGAUCGAUCCCAUCAAGAACCUUAAACUUAAUGUCACAGAAGCUGUAAAAAUGGGGAUUGUCGGUACAGAGUUUAAAGAUAAACUUGUCUCAGCUGAAAGAGCAGUCACGGGGUACAAGGACCCGUAUUCUGGCAAGGUAAUCUCACUUUUUCAGGCCAUGAAAAAGGGGCUCAUCCUGAAAGAUCACGGUAUUCGUCUGCUGGAGGCUCAGAUCGCCACUGGUGGAAUCAUCGAUCCACAAGAGAGCCAUCGUUUGCCCGUGGAAACGGCGUAUGAGCGCGGUCUAUUUGAUGAGGAAAUGAAUGAAAUCCUAACUGACCCAUCAGAUGACACAAAAGGCUUUUUUGAUCCCAACACUGAGGAGAAUCUCACUUAUCUGCAGCUGAUGGAGCGCUGCAUGACAGACCCAGAGACCGGUCUGGCUCUCCUGCCAUUGAAAGAGAAGAAACGUGAGCGGAAAACAUCGUCCAAGUCUUCAGUUCGUAAACGUAGGGUUGUCAUUGUUGAUCCAGAGUCCGGCAAAGAAAUGUCCGUGUAUGAAGCGUAUCAGAAAGGCCUCAUUGACCACCAGACCUAUCUAGAACUUUCAGAACAAGAGUGUGAGUGGGAAGAAAUCACAAUCACCUCAUCUGAUGGAGUUGUGAAGUCCAUGAUUAUCGACAGGCGGUCAGGACGCCAAUACGAUAUUGAUGAUGCAAUCUCAAAGGGUCUGAUUGACAGGUCGGCAUUGGAUCAGUACAGAUCAGGAACCCUGUCCAUCACAGAGUUUGCCGACAUGCUGUCUGGAAACAUGAGUGGUAGCAGAUCACGCUCCUCCUCUUUUGGCUCCUCCUCCUCCUACUCCAUGAGUCCAGCACCUUCCAUACAAACACCAGCAACUACAUGGAAUGAUCCAACAGAGGAAACAGGCCCCAUCGCUGGGAUCUUAGACACAGACACUCUGGAAAAGGUGUCGGUCACUGAGGCCAUCCACAGAAACCUUGUGGACAAUAUCACCGGCCAGAGGUUGCUGGAAGCCCAGGCCUGCACCGGAGGUAUCAUUGACCCAAAUACUGGAGAGAAAUUCUCUGUUGUAGAUGCCAUGAACAAAGGGCUUGUGGAUAAAAUCAUGGUGGACCGCAUCAGUCUAGCCCAGAAGGCCUACAAUGGAUUUGAAGACCCCAGAACAAAAUCUAAAAUGUCGGCAGGCCAAGCUCUGAAGAAAGGCUGGCUUUACUAUGAGGCUGGACAACGGUUCCUGGAGGUCCAGUACCUCACAGGUGGUUUGAUUGAACCAGAUGCUACAAACAGAGUGGCGAUAGACGAGGCCGUGAAGAAAGGCACAUUGGAUGCACGCACUGCGCAGAAGUUACGAGAUGUUAGUGCUUACUCCAAAUACCUCACAUGUCCUAAAACCAAACUCAAGAUCUCUUACAAGGAUGCAAUGGAAAGGAGCAUGACAGAGGAAGGGACCGGUCUGAGGCUUCUGGAAGCAUCAUCUCAGUCGAGCAAAGGCCUCUACAGUCCCUAUAGCAUCAGUGGGUCAGGCUCAGCCUCUGGGUCACGUUCUGGUUCUAGAACAGGCUCUAGGUCUGGCUCCAGAAGAGGAAGUUUUGAUGCUACAGCAUCAAGUUUCACCACAACAUUCUCCUCCACUUCAUACGGUUCUCCAAGCUACAGUCGCCGAUACUGAUCCUGACACUUCAGUCUAAGGAUGCCCACCAGAGUCUGUGGAAAACACACUCAUUUAUUCUGCUCUGCAUGUGGUAGUUAUAAUGCUUUGAAUUAAUUUCAUUCAAGUUAUAUAUUUUUUUAUAUUUAAUGUUUUAACCAUUUUUAUCAGCCUCAGACGUUUUCAUAAACACCUGAGAGUAUAUACUAGUGGAUUAUCAUUUCUAUUUUCUCACUAUCAGUGUACAUGUUUCUUGUUCUUUUACACACGAUAAAAAACAAUUCAAAUCAGGUGUAUAAUUAAUUACAUUUUUCCUACACAUAUAACAUAUUUGGGAUAAAGAAAGUUAGGGUCCACUCUGCAGAGCAGAAUAAGGAAGUCUGUGUCCCAAAGAUGAAUUACACCAAGAAUAUCUGCUUUAAAAAAAGCCAAGCUUCAAGAUCUUUUCUCUCUCCUGGACUGCACUGCCUCAUAUAACCUCAUAUAUCGCAGUAUCUGAGCUUUCAAGCCAUUCACUACAGUCUGUCGCAAAAAUGUACAACCAAUAGUUAACUCCAAAAAAAGCAAGAACCCAGGUGUGAACAUGUAGCCCCUCUGAUGACCACUCCUCCAGCUCUGGACUGAAAACUCAGCCUCCAGACAAAUGUGCAAGUCUCUGCCUUGUUGGACACUAAAACAGGUUCAUGGAUCAUCAUCUCAUCUUCUCCUUCCCUCAGAAGUCUUCCAGAGACCUAUAACACUGGUUUACUACAGACAGUGACAGGAACUGAUCUGACGUUCUGUAAAGUUCUGAACCAAGUGGACCAUCGUUACACUUGCAUUAACCUUAAACUGAAAUCAAUGCUUUGUAAGUGCCUGCGGAACACUGUCGAACACUUUAUCAGGUUGUUGAAUACCAAUGAGUCGGAGCAGUGUUUUCACUGUCGGUCGGAUUUAUGCAUGACUGAAGGAGCGACGCUACUCAUAUAACUGUACCUUAACUGUUAUUAUCAGGUAUAAACACUUUAAUCUCUAACACUUUUGUUUCAGAGUGUAGUCACACAGGGCUAUAGUAUCUUCAUUUCCUUCUGUCUCAACACCUCAUAUAUGUACUGUAUAUUUAGGCCGUGUCUUGAAAAGCCAUGAUUUGUCAUUUCUUCGGAGAAAGAUCUUAAAGCUUUGCCACCAAACCCAGUAUUUUGUAUUACUUUCCACCACACGUACACAUCCGUUACAUACAGUUAUUUUCGAUUUGAAUUGUAAAACUACAGUAUAUCUGAAUGUUUAUUUUCCUACUAUGCUUUGCAUGAUUUACUAACACUAAAAAAAAGGUGCAGAGCUGAAAUAGUUGUAUUCAUUUAAAGAGCUUAUUUUUGUUUUGUUUUUAAAGGUUUGAAGGAUGUAUUUUAAUGAGGGUUGUCAAGCCUUGUUUAAAAAUGGUGUAUUUAUAAUAAAAUGGUGACAAGGACAAUUUUACUGGAACACCUGACGCUGUGUAAAUAAAGAUUGAAAUGAUUUCC